AUGGACCACGGUCCAGACUUCGAUGAGGGCACCAAAUCCACCCGAACCGCCAUUGGCGCCUGUGCCUUUAUCGUCGUCAGGUCCGUCUCAAAACGCACGUGGCAGAGGCUCCCGGACCCGUCAGAAUCGGCAAACAAGCGCGGCCAGAGCAAGCCACAGAAGUCCGGGCGCAGGAACCGAUGGGACCCGAUUCAUGGCUUGGCACAAACCCAGUUCUCGUCGUUUUUCACUCUUUGGACACCCUCCGUCGCCGAGUUGCGAAGCUUCCGGCGCACUGGUCCGGCCACAAUGUCGGUAUGGGAAAGCGAUGAUCUGGGUCUCGUGGCGUUGAGAACCACAUGGGCGUUAUUUGGAGUUACGGCAGUGGUGUUCUCCCUACGGGUCUACUGCCGUCUUCGAUACACACCUCGACUGGGUGGCGGCCUUUACGUUGACGACUUCAUCACGGGCGGCUGCCUCUUGAUGCUCCUCGUCUUCUGCAUCCUGCUCUCCGUCGCAGUUCAGUAUGGAGUGGGGAAGCACUAUGUGACCUUGUCCGAUCGCCGCAAAGUCGAGGCUGUCAUGUGGAAUGCCAUCCUUAGCGGCAUUACGCCUUGGAUGUGCACCUUACCCAAAUUCGCCAUCGUCACGACGCUCAAGAGGAUCCUUAAUUACGGGACGAAAACGACAGUUCUGCUCUGGGGCCUCGCACUGACAUCGCAGGCAACCGUGGUUGCAUUGACGGCCUGGGGCUUUGCCCAGUGCAGACCAACGGCUUAUCAAUGGGACAGGAGCAUCGAAGGAGGAACGUCACUCGAUGUAUUUUUCGCGUUGUAUCCGGUCCCAUUUGUCAUGCGGCUCAGCAUGCCGCUUAAGACUCGUAUCGGUGUUGCAGCAUCGCUUAGUCUGAGCUGGUUCCCCUGGUCUAUCUUUGCAUGA